AAAAGGGUGUCGCGCUUUGUGGGCGAGCUGGCCAUCCUUGUUAGCCCCCGUUCCUGGGCGAGCCUGGAAGACAGUGAGGCGAAAGGGAGAAGAAAGGGACAGUGAGGCUAAGUGGAGAAGAAGGAGAAGAACGCCUCGCGCGGGGAAGAAGAAAGCCAUUGCGAGGCGGAAAGCGCUGCUGCUGUUGCUGCUGUUUCACCCCUUCCCUCAGCAACCCCGCCUCGAUUGGGGAGGCAGGCGGAGCAAGCAGAGAGGGGGAAGGAAAGCAAGCCAGCCAGCCAGCCAGCCUCUCUCGGCCUCUUCUCUUCUCUCUUUUGUUGUCCUCUCUUUUGGGGACAAAAAGGCGGCUGACGAAGAAGCCGCUGAAUGUAGGCUCUUUCCUUUUCCACCACUGAGGCCUAGUCGAGUCGAGGCGCGAGGAAAAGGGAAGGCCUGAGGGAAAGGCCUAGCGGCUGCGCUGCGGCCUGGACUCUACUCAUCGUCAUAACAGUAUUGUAUGCCUUGAAAAUCAAGCAAGCCCCAUCGUCGGCGGGAUGGUGUAAGGAGACAGCGCCGGGUGAAUGAAGAUGGCCGGAGGAGGAGGAGGCGGCGGCGGCGGCAGGAGUGGCGGGGGCUGCGGGCAAAGCCACUUUCUCGAAGCUUUGGAUAAAUCACAGUCCAGGAGGGAUGGAGGUUUUAAAAAUAACUGGAGCUUUGAUCAUUCAGAAGAAAGUGAAGGAGGUACAGAGAAAGAUGAAGCUAGCUUGCUGAGUGUAGAAAGAAGUGAUGGAACCUACAGUCCUGAUGGUGUAAAGAAAACAUUACGCUAUUCCUUCGCAACUUUUAGUGUUAGAAGUGAUUCUUUAAGAACAUACACCAGACGAAAUAAAAUUGACACUUCUAGGAUGCUAAAAGGAAACCCUGUUGGACCCAAUACGUUGGGAAGCAGCAGAAAAUCAAGUGAAAAUGUUCAGAAUAUGUCUUGCUCUGGAACAGUAGGGCAGACUAGACGUUGCCUCCAUGCUCACGCACAAACACCUGUAGUAAAAACAGCAGCACAAAGCAAUCUGGAACGAAAGGAAAGAAAAGAAUAUCCUGCCAAUAUUUCGAAGAUAGACCAUGAAUUUGUUAGAUUUUCUCGGCCUACAGAAAUGAAAAGUGUAAUAGAGAAGAGAGAAGAGUCUGGAUCAGAGUCAAAUUCCGGAAUUACAAGGAAGGAACAGCUGAAACGUCACUGUCCUAUAUACCAGUCUGGUUUGCUUCCAACUCCUGCUACAAAGAAAUGUGCAGCCCACCUAGAGGGUUCAGAACAGAACAGUUGUCCCACAAUUUGCUUGUGUCCUGGUAAAGCAAAUGAAAGUCAGACCAAAUGCAGUAUUUGCGGAAAGUGUUGUAUUGCAGGCUUACAAAGACAGUCUGUUCAAAACAUGGCACUAAACGAUACUUUGGAAUCUUUGGCACGAGAGCCAAUACAUGAGAAUUUGGCAGGACAUAAAUCUUUAAGUACUGGACUAAAUGCAAAAAAGUUUUAUGGAUCUUCUCCUGAGGCAGUUUCACUAGAUUUAAUUGUGAGACGCAAUGUAGGACCUACUAUGCUGCGACCAAAUGGAAAAAAUUGUUCCAAACUUACAGGAAAUGUAAGGCAGAGGAAUACAACGGCAUCAGAACUAAAUGAUCCAAUUGUUUUAUCCAGUGAUGAUGAAGAAGAGAAUGAGAUUGGCAGUAAUAACCGAAUGGAAAGCAUAUCACCACGUCCAGCAGAUUCAGCCUGUUCGUCCCCUGCACCUUCCACAGGAAAGGUGGAGGCAGCCUUGAAGGAGAACACCUGUGAACUACAACAAAGAUUAACUAGCAUUACAGCAGACUCAGAAUCUGCCGUCACAUUACCAAGAAAAGCAAGAAUGAAAGACCAGUUUGGUAAUGUUGUAUCCAGUGCUCCAGUAAAACGUCGUAAAGUUACUUCUCAAGAAAUUGCAACUGAUGUAUCUUUAAAAUAUCAAAAUUCUUGUGAAAGUGUCAUCCUACAUUGUCGAAGCAUAAGAAUAGGAACCCUGCGAAGAAUGGUUGCGGAGCCUGUAAUCUUUUGCCUGGACUAUAUCAAGAUAAAUUUGGAAGAGUCAGAAAAUGAUACUAGGGAGAUUAAUUUAAAAACCUCUGAACUUACAAAAUGUGAAUGGUGUGGGGUACGCAAGUUACCUGUAGUUUUCCUGCAAACUAUACCUGCAGCCUGCCAAACCCUGAGAUCCCAUCUGAAGAUGAAUAAGGAGAAAGAUAAUGUUUGGUAUGACUGUAAAGGAGCAAAUCCAGAAGAACAAUACAUCAUUUUAAUAUUUGAGACAGGCCUGGAUGCUCAAGCAAAUGCAAUAUUUGAAAAAAUAAUUUCUGACAUAGGAGUCAGGAACAGUAUUUCUAAUUUUUUUAUGAAAAUAACUUUUGAAGAAGCAAACAGCAGGCUUGUGGCCUUCACAAAGUCCUUUGAAGAUACUUCAAGAGGGGGGAUUGCUCAAAAAGAAGGCAAAGCUAAACAUGUUGUCUCUGAAUCCAAGAUGCAGCUGCGAAAUUCAACACAGUUUCAGUUUUUUGAUGAUGAUGAAAGCGGAGAGCCCCAUACAGUCUUCAUUGGUCCUAUAGAAAAGUUGAUAGUUUAUCCGCCUCCUCCAGCAAAGGGUGGCAUUUCUGUGACUAAUGAAGAUCUUCAUUGCUUAAAUGAAGGGGAAUUUUUAAACGACGUAAUCAUUGAUUUUUAUUUAAAGUAUCUAGUUCUUGAAAGGUUGAAACAGGAAGAUGCUGAUAGGAUUCACGUGUUCAGUUCUUUUUUCUAUAAACGCCUUAAUCAAAGAGAGAGGAGAAACCCUCAAGAAACUUCAAACCUCACACUCCAGCAGAAACGACACGGUCGAGUGAAAACAUGGACCCGACAUGUUGAUAUAUUUGAAAAAGAUUUUAUUUUUGUUCCCCUUAAUGAAGCGGCACAUUGGUUUUUGGCUGUCAUCUGUUUUCCAGGUUUAAAGAAACCAAUAUAUGAGACCAAUCCAUACUACCAGGAAAAUUCAUCUGCACAGGUUAAAUCCUUUUCCUUACAUCAAGAUGGAAGGACUUCAUCUCCUUUACCUAGUGAAUUGGACCUGUUACAUCAGUCGCCAUCUGCAGCAGUCACAAAGAAGGCACUGAACAAGAAGCAUGUUGCAGUAUUAACUGGCACAAGUGCAGAAACUGAGGAGAGUGAGUCACUGUGUUGCAGAAGAAGCCCUGCUUUGAAAGGUGGCUUUAAAAAACUAAAUCUGUUAAAUAACAUGACAGAAGAUUUAAGAACUAUAGAACCUGUAUGUCAUAAACAUGGCUAUAGGACUUCAGAAGCAAAUGGCAUACAGUGUGAACAGAAAACUCAUGUCCAGGUUUCUGAUAGUUUACAGAAAAUCAGACUAAAUUAUAGUGACGAUUCAGCUGACAGUGGUAAAAUAAAUGAAGAUGAGCUCAUAGAUUUUUCUGAAGAUCAAGACAACCAGGACAAUAGCAGUGGUGGUGAUGAUGACGACGACCUUGGUGAUGAUCAUUGCAAUUCAGAAUUAGGACAGUGGCAUCUGAAGCCUACUAUAUGUAAACAGCCUUGCAUUCUUCUGAUGGAUUCCUUGAGAGGCCCAUCCCGAUCCAAUGUUGUCAGAACGUUAAGGGAAUACUUGCAAGUGGAGUGGGAAGUCAGGAAAGGUAGCAAAAGAAGUUUUUCCAAAGAUGUCAUGAAAGGCUCAAACCCUAAAGUGCCACAACAAAACAACUUCAGUGAUUGUGGAGUUUAUGUGCUUCAGUAUGUGGAAAGCUUUUUUGAGACACCCAUUGUAAGUUUUGAAUUACCAAUGAAUCUAACUGACUGGUUUCCCCGCCCACGAAUGAAAACAAAGCGAGAAGAGAUAAGGAAAAUAAUCUUGAAACUACAGGAACAGCAGAACAAAGAGAAAAAGGGACAGAAGGACAGUAAUUUGACAGAAAAAUCUUUUGAGGAAGGAACAGAACAAUUUAUCAAAAGCUGUUCGGACUGAUCAUUUUGAUGUUGCAUGUGGUUCAAACGUUAUAAAAAACAAUCUGAAAUUUUCCAUGCCUUUUCUGCCCACACCACAGACUUGAAGUAUUAUCAGUUCAUAUGUGCUGUUGAUGCUUAUAAAUGUGUUUCAUUAAUUCAACGAUCUGCCCUCAAUGUAUUAACUAGACAAAAAUCUGUACAUAGAUGCAUUAGGCCAACUUUUUUCAACAUUUGUAAUUAAGUUUUUCACUACUUAGGAAGCCUUUGUUAUGUAUUUUCUUCACAGAACCUAAUAGCAACUUCUAGACACAAAGGAAAUAAAGAGAACAUUUAUAGGAUGAAUUGGUUAAGUUUUUCUGUGUUAAGUAAAGUGGUCAUUGAGCAUUUCCCAGUAAGAAUUCUAUAAUGCAUGGGGAAUCCUUAUGUAGCAAGUGAUCAAAUCCAUAAUUUGAUUUACAGUUACUGUUACAAGAUGUUUUACUUCAGCUAUGUACAACAAUGUAAAAAUGUGUCUAAAUGCAUUGUGUUUCCAAGGUGAAUGGUUUGCAUUUAAAAACCAAGUGCAGGCAAUGUAAUCUUUGUUAGGGAACGUUUCCAAUACUGAAAGAUGGAACUUCACAAAAGUGCUUAGGAUAAUGCUGCUUUCUGACCCCAAGUCUUACUCAAGCAGUGUUUUAACACCGUCUCAAAUGCAGUCGGCUUAAGUAAUACUGUUGGAUCCUUUUUCCGUGGUUCCUGAUGUUGUUCAAUCAUAUUUUGACAAUUCUUUCAUUAUAAAAUUGUAUUUUUGGUAAGUGUGCUUAAAAUAGCAGCAAAUUUGCCCGCAUUACAUAUUCUGUGUCAAGAUCCUGAAUGUGACAUUCAUAUGUGCUUUAUCUGAUUAACAUUUUUUUAAAAAAAAAUGUAUGAGUACUAUAUUUUGUAAAACCCAGAAAACCAAAAUAUUGCUGGAUUUCAUUGCUUGCUUGCUUGCUUAAUUUUCAGUAGAGUUGUCUAAUAUUAUUGAAUCAACUUCUUGGCAGAUUUCCACAGUGUACUUUGAUUUUUUUAAUUAUGUAAGAAGUACAGCCUUAUGAUACCAGCCUCUCAACAAUUCCAAAAGAAAGCAUAUACCUUUCUUAAACUUUUAAGAAAACAAUCAGAUGGUAUUGUAUUCAAAAGGAGGGAAUAGAGACUCCUUUGCAAACACUUUUGUUGUGUGUAACAAUGCCUUUGUUGAAAAGAGACUGUUCUGCUAUGAGGAAGGAUGGGAAAUAGAGGGGUGGGGGAACUACACAAAUUAAGGAAAUAAUCAAAACUGCACAUCCUAUUUACAAGAGGAUAGUUCAUAGAGAAACAUACACCUUUGCACCAGCACUUCGUUCUUGGUCUCAUUGGCUCAGUAAUCAUAUCCUAUAUAGGCAACUAUUUAGAUUGCUUUGCAUAAAGGUAUUCCAAAGGAAACACGAUUGGAAAGUAGGCCAUACCAUUUGGGAUUGUAGUCUGUCACAGAGACCUAAUUCAAAGUGCUAGACCUAAUGCGAAUCACUCUCAUUACACUAUCAGUGUUAUUCAGAAGAAAUCCAUGAACAUCAUACUCAACCAAAAAGACUUAAUGACGCAAUUGCGGAGUAUUAAUUCAACGCUUUUCCAAAUCCCAGAGGUAUACUCUGGUUGGGACUACAGUUGGAUUUAAGCCGUUUUCUACUUAUAUCCCAUUGGGUAUCCAAUUUAAGAAGCCUAACCAGGACUGGAGCCUGGUGUUAUCCCACCUGCCAACCCCAUACAUUUGAUUUUUCUAGAACUUUCAGAUGUCCUGACAUUCCUCACCAUUAGGCUAUAUCCUGGAUAAGGCCUAGCUAAGACUUAACCAGCACUUGUAAUACCAUAUAACUUGUAGCCCCAAGCCAGACAAUAUUCAAAGAACUCUUGUGGCAUUGUCAGCAUUACUCAUAAGUAAACCAGACAUAACUUUUCCCUUCAAAUUCAGAUAUACAUAUAUCUUAUUAGUCAGUGUACAUGUCCAAAUUGUCCAACAAUUACUAGGAAACAAAUAGAACUAGACAUGAAAAGGGGUUGGUAACAAAUGUAUACAUUCGUUCAUUUUGCACCUUUUUUAGUACUACUUGAACACAUUAGAGAUUUAUAUAGUUUUUAAAAAGCAUACCUUCCAGUGCAAGGUUAUUUGUUGCAGUAUCUUGAUUUGGUUGAAAUAGGAAAGUUUGUUUUUGCUUUAAAAAAACAGGUUGUAAUGUAUCUUAGUUUCUGAUUAUUUGAUUCUAUUCCUGAAAAUGGCCUGGAGCUUAAAUUCCUCUUCAAGAUGUGAAGAAUGCAAUGUUUCUCUUAAUAUGGUAAAUUAUCAGUUAUGCAGCAAGCUGAUACACAUGUUGAUAUAGGAGAUCUAUUUUUUUAAUAAAAUGAUGGAAAACAAG